AUGGCAACUCAAGAAACAACACUCAAACCACUGACGAGAGAUGAAGUGUCCAAACACAACAAAGGAGGAGAUCUAUGGGUUGUAAUAGACUCUAUUGUAUACGAUUUGUCGAAAUUUGGUAAUUUACAUCCUGGAGGUAUUGGUGUUUUGUUGGACGAAGAAGUUGCUGGACAAGAUGCAACAACCGUAUUCUAUGGACUUCAUCGAUCAGAAAUACUUCAAAAACCACAGUAUCAAAGGUUGAGAAUUGGUCAAAUUGAAGGUGAAAAACAACAAAUUCAACAUAUGAAACCUGGUGAUAUAUCCAAGGUGCCAUAUGGUGAACCAACUUGGUUGACACCGGAAUUUAAAUCUCCUUAUUACAAAGAAUCUCAUCUUGCUUUACAGAAGGUUAUGCGUAAAUUCGUUGAUGAGGUGAUUUACCCCGACGCUCAAUCGUGUGAAGAAUCUGGUAAACGAGCCAGUAAAGAAGUUCUUGAAGCCAUGGCAAAAGUAAAUCUGAACGCGAUGAGGUUAGGACCAGGAAAACACUUACAUGGUAGAGAAUUGUUUGGCGGCGUUAUCAAAGGAGAAGAAUUUGAUUAUUUCCACGAAUUGGUCAUUAAUCAAGAAAUCGCUCGAAUCGGAGCAAGAGGAUACGGUGAUGGUCUCAACGCCGGUAUGGUGAUCGGUCUCCCACCAGUCCUCAAUUUCGGUCAAGAACCAUUACGAUCUAAAGUCGUCGAGGAGGUUUUCAGCGGACAAAAGAUUAUUUCCCUUGCCAUCUCCGAAGCCUUCGCCGGGUCUGAUGUUGCCAACUUGAAGACUACUGCCACUAAGAGUGAAGAUGGCAAAUAUUGGACUAUCAACGGUACCAAGAAGUGGAUCUCAGGUGGUAUGCACUCUGAUUACUUCACUGGAGGCGGACUCACAGCGUUCCUUGUUCCUCGAGGGGAAGGAGUCGAGACUAAGCAAAUCAAGACUUCUUACUCUACCGCAGCUGGUACAGCUUAUAUCACUUUCGACAAUGUCAAGAUUCCUGCUGAAAACAUGCUUGGACCUGAAGAUGGCGGUCUGAUUGUCAUUCUAUCCAAUUUCAACCAUGAAAGAUGGGUCAUGUGUUGUGCGAGUGCCAGAAGUUCAAGAAUGGUGGUUGAAGAAUGUCUUAAAUGGGCAGCACAAAGACGAGUUUUCGGUAAACCGUUACUCGCUCAAGCAGUUAUUCGAGCCAAAUUUGCAUCUAUGAUCGCGAAGAUUGAGGCUACUCAAGCAUUCCUCGAAAGUGUAACGUACCAAAUGAACAACAUGACGUACAAGGAACAAUCUAGAAAUUUAGCUGGUCAAAUCGCUUUCUUGAAGAUGCAAUCUACAAGAUUCGCUGGUGAGAUUGCAGAUGAUGCAGUGAACAUUUUCGGUGGAAGAGGGUUAACCAAAACUGGAAUGGGUAAAUUCAUCGAACAAUUCCAAAGAACCCAGAAGUUCGAUGCUAUCUUAGGAGGUGCAGAAGAAGUUUUGGGUGAUCUAGGAGUUAGACAAGCUAUGAGAAAGAUGCCUAAGGAUGUUCGAUUGUAA